AUGAUUCAGCGCCUGUUUUUGGCCUAUUAUAAGGCUGGCGACGAGUCAGAUGGAUUCGCUACAGUGGAGAUGAAGCCGGCCUUUUUUGAGCUGACUCUGAAUAUUAUGAUGAGAAUGAUUGCCGGAAAGCGAUACUAUUGUGAUGAAGCUCAGAAGAGGGAGAAAGCCAUAAGGUUUCGGGAUCUGAUUCAAGAGAAUGGUCAAUUGAGUGGCGCGUCGAAUAUGGCGGAUUUUAUUCAACUAGCCAGAUGGAUCGGCAGCCAGGGGAAGCUUGAAAAGAGGCUAAGAAACUUGCAGAUGAAGAGGGACAAAUUCAUGCAGGAUUUGAUUCAAGAGAGAAGAGAAAUAUUGAGAAAUUCUAAGAUUAUUGAUGGCAGGACCAUGAUUGAUGUUCUCUUGUCCCUCCAAGACAAUGAACCAAAAUACUAUACUGAUGAAAUGAGGCAUGGCUCAGGUGAUGCUAUCAGCUGGAAGUGA